AUGACCUCUUCCAACAACAAGGACAUGCGUCCGGCCCUACGCGCGCCGUACAAGACUGUGGAUGGCGUGGAGAUACCGACGGACAUAUACCUCCCAACUAAGGUGUCGCAGAGAGAUGCGCCGGUGUUGAUCAUGAUUCACGGCGGUGCCUUCAUGCUCGGCCAUGCGGGCAUAAACAAUCGAGACCAGAUCGCCGACUGCGUGGAGCGAGGUUGGAUCGUUCUCUCGAUCGAACAUCGGCUUUGUCCGGGCGUGAAUGUGCUGGAGGGGCCGAUGGAGGAUGUAAAGGAUGUUUUAGGUUGGGCGCAGAACGGAGGUUUGGCGGAGGUCUUAAAAGAGAGCGAAAAUGGGAAGAGUGUCCGCGCCGAUGAGGGCAGGGUGAUGGUUAUGGGGACUAGCUCGGGGGGACAUCUUGCGCUGUCUACGGCCUGGACAUCAUCCACGCCACCCCUCGCGAUCCUCGACUUCUAUGGCGCAAAAUCCUUUUCCUCCCCCUUCUGGACUCAGCCCAUCCCCGAGAUGCCCGCCGCCUUCCACGCGCCUCUACCCGCAUCCGACGUCGCCGCCGUGCAUGCCGAAAAAACAGUCUUCAUAGGCGGCACCUCCCUCGAAGGCCAGCCCGCCGACCCAACCCAUCCCAACCCGCAACAGCGCCAAGCCUUCGCCAUGCACGCCAUCGCCACAGGAAAAGUGCUGAAUUCCAUAUGGCCCCGCUACCCUGCCGACCUGCAACUAAUUGACCCGGUGCUCAAGGUGAGUUCGUCGUGGCCGCCAACGGCGAUUGUGCAUGGCACGGCGGACCAGACGAUUCCGAUCGCGAUGAGUAAAGAGUUGGAGAAGAGAUUAAGGGAGGCGGGGGUCAAGACAAGUUUAUUUGAGGUUCAAGGGGAGCCUCAUACGUUUGCUGGGAAGAUGACGAAAGGAAGCGCGACGUGGGAUAGUCAGAGGAGGGGGUUUGACUGGCUGGAAGAGAGGCUAGAGGAAUCGUACGCAGUAAAAUGA